CACACCCACCGCCCUCUCACCUGCUCCUCUCACCUCCUCACCUCAACCCACCACGACCAUGAGCUGCUCUGGCUGUUCCGGAGGCUGUGGCUCCAGCUGUGGGGGCUGUGGCUCCAGCUGCUGUGUGCCCGUGUGCUGCUGUGUGCCAGCCUGCUCCUGCUCCAGCUGUGGCUCCAGCUGUGGGGGCUGCAAGGGGGGCUGCAAGGGCUCCUGCGGGUCCUGUGGGUCCUGUGGGGGCUCCUGUGGGUCCUGUGGGGGCUGCAAGGGCUCCUGUGGGUCCUGUGGGGGAUCCUGUGGGGGCUGCAAGGGCUCCUGUGGCUGUCAGUCCAGCUGCUGUAAGCCCUGCAGUUGUCAGUCCAGCUGCUGUAAGCCCUGCUGCUGUGAGUCCAGCUGCUGUAAACCCUGCUGCUGUCAGUCCAGCUGCUGUAAGCCCUGCAGCUGUCAGUCCAGCUGCUGUAAGCCCUGCUGCUGUGAGUCCAGCUGCUGUAAGCCCUGCUGCUGUCAGUCCAGCUGCUGUAAGCCCUGCUGCUGUCAGUCCAGCUGCUGUCAGCCCUGCUGCUGUGAGUCCAGCUGCUGUAAGCCCUGCUGCGUCCCCGUGUGCUGCCAGUACCUGUGCGUGGAGCGGCCGCUGCCAGAGGCCACGCGGGACAGAGAAGGCGUCCGAGCCCCGUGGCAGCCGCUGGCCGGCUUCCCAGGGCACGGAGAGCCACAUUUAGAGGCCGACAGAGUGGCUCUUCCCUCAGCCAGGGGGCAUGAGGAAACAGAGGCACAAACACCUGCCAGGGGAAGCAGGAAGCGGGCACGUGCCCGGCUGCCCUGCCAGGUAUAUAGAGGCCCCGCCCGCCCCCCCAGCUCCACACCCACCGCCCUCUCACCUGCUCCUCUCACCUCCUCACCUCAACCCACCACGACCAUGAGCUGCUCUGGCUGUUCCGGAGGCUGUGGCUCCAGCUGUGGGGGCUGUGGCUCCAGCUGCUGUGUGCCCGUGUGCUGCUGUGUGCCAGCCUGCUCCUGCUCCAGCUGUGGCUCCAGCUGUGGGGGCUGCAAGGGGGGCUGCAAGGGCUCCUGUGGGUCCUGUGGGGGCUGCAAGGGGGGCUGCAAGGGCUCCUGUGGAUCCUGUGGGGGCUGCAAGGGGGGCUGCAAGGGCUCCUGUGGGUCAUAUGGGGGCUGCAAGAGCUCCUGUGGGUCCUGUGGGGGCUGCAAGGGGGGCUGCAAGGGCUCCUGUGGGUCCUGUGGGGGCUGCAAGGGGGGCUGUAGCUCUUGUGGCUGUUGUGAGUCCAGCUGCUGUAAGCCCUGCUGCUGUGAGUCCAGCUGCUGUAAGCCCUGCUGCUGUCAGUCCAGCUGCUGCCAGCCCUGCUGCUGUGAGUCCAGCUGCUGUAAGCCCUGCAGCUGUGAGUCCAGCUGCUGUAAGCCCUGCUGCUGUGAGUCCAGCUGCUGUAAGCCCUGCUGCUGUCAGUCCAGCUGCUGUAAGCCCUGCUGCUGUCAGUCCAGCUGUUGUAAGCCCUGCUGCUGUCAGUCCAGCUGCUGCCAGCCCUGCUGCUGUGAGUCCAGCUGCUGUAAGCCCUGCUGCGUCCCCGUGUGCUGCCAGUGCAAGAUCUGAGCCUUGUUCAGCCCCGUCAGCUCUCCCAGCUGCACCCUGUGCCAGUCUGCCCUGCUCCUCUUGCCUCUUCCGGUUUCCUGUCUUCCUGUCCCCUUUUGUCUCACAGUGUCCAGGACACACAGCUCAGCUGUGUGCCACCCUCCUACCUGAGGCUCUGAGAUGGUUACCCAUGAUGCCGCCCAGUGCCCCACAGUCCUCAGAUGAACGAGCACAGCUGGCCUGUGGCUCUGAGGGCCUGUCUCUGCCGAGUGCGGGCCUGGCCCCUGUCUGCGUCCACGGUGGCCUUGAGGGUGAGCUGGUUUCUGCUGGGCUCAGAAGGCGCCCUGCCCUGCCCUGCUCUGCCCUGCCCUGCCCUGCCCCACCCCUGCCCUGCCCUGAAUCUGCCCUGCCCUGAAUCUGCCCUGCCCUGCACUGCCCUGAAUCUGCCCUGCCCUGCACUGCCCUGAAUCUGCCCUGCCCUGCCCUGCCCUGAAUCUGCCCUGCC